AUGGACGAGGACGACAGCUACGUUCCCAGUGACCUGACUGCAGAGGAGCGCCAGGAGCUGGAGAACAUUCGGCGGAGAAAGCAGGAGCUGCUGGCCGACAUCCAGAGGCUGAAGGAUGAGAUAGCAGAAGUAGCUAAUGAAAUUGAAAACCUGGGGUCUACAGAAGAGAGGAAAAAUAUGCAGAGGAACAAACAGGUAGCCAUGGGCAGGAAAAAAUUCAACAUGGAUCCUAAAAAAGGGAUCCAGUUCUUAAUAGAGAAUGACCUGCUGAAGAACACCUGUGAAGACAUUGCCCAGUUCUUGUAUAAAGGUGAAGGGCUCAACAAAACAGCCAUUGGCGACUACCUGGGGGAGAGAGACGAGUUUAACAUCCAGGUUCUUCAUGCGUUUGUGGAGCUGCAUGAGUUCACCGAUCUCAACCUCGUCCAGGCCUUACGGCAGUUCCUGUGGAGCUUCCGGCUGCCGGGAGAGGCGCAGAAGAUUGACCGGAUGAUGGAGGCGUUCGCCCAGCGCUAUUGUCAGUGCAACCACGGGGUGUUCCAGUCCACAGACACUUGUUAUGUCCUCUCAUUUGCCAUCAUCAUGUUGAACACCAGCCUGCAUAACCCCAAUGUCAAAGAUAAGCCCACCGUGGAGAGGUUCAUCGCCAUGAAUCGAGGCAUCAAUGAUGGGGGAGACCUGCCCGAGGAGCUGCUCCGGAAUCUGUAUGAGAGCAUAAAAAAUGAACCCUUUAAAAUCCCUGAAGAUGAUGGGAAUGACCUCACCCACACUUUUUUCAACCCAGACCGAGAAGGCUGGCUAUUGAAGCUUGGUGGCAGGGUAAAGACCUGGAAAAGACGCUGGUUCAUUCUGACUGACAACUGCCUUUACUACUUUGAAUACACGACGGAUAAGGAGCCCCGGGGAAUUAUUCCGCUAGAGAACCUGAGCAUCCGGGAGGUGGAAGACUCCAAAAAACCAAACUGCUUUGAACUUUACAUCCCCGACAAUAAAGACCAAGUGAUUAAGGCCUGUAAGACGGAGGCUGAUGGGCGCGUGGUUGAGGGGAACCACACGGUCUACCGUAUCUCGGCCCCAACGCCCGAGGAGAAGGAGGACUGGAUCAAGUGCAUCAAGGCGGCCAUCAGCAGGGACCCUUUCUACGAGAUGCUGGCCGCACGGAAGAAGAAAGUGUCCUCCACGAAAAGACACUGA